AUGAAGGCAUGCGAAGACAUCGCAGAGGCGUUCGAGAAGUGCGGACGAAAGAACGUCCACUGGAACGGGCUUCCAGAGGACGCGCCCGAUUGCGCGCGCGAGCUCAAGGCGAUGCGCAAGUGUGUGCGGAAAAACUGGAGAACGGCGUGA